UGACGUGUCACCAAAGACCCGGAAGUGUUCAGUUGGUCCAACAUGGCGUACCAGACGCUGCAGCAGGAGUAUUUACAGAUUCCUGUUGUCACCAGAGCUUACACUACGGCCUGCGUCCUCACCACCGCUGCAGUGCAGCUGGAGAUCAUCACACCGUUUCAGCUCUACUUUAAUCCAGAUCUGAUUCUGAAGAACUACCAGGUAUGGCGUUUAGUCACCAACUUCCUGUUCUUCGGUCCAGUCGGCUUCAACUUCCUGUUUAACAUGAUCUUUCUAUACAGAUACUGUCGGAUGCUGGAGGAGGGAUCCUUCAGGGGGAGAACAGCUGACUUCGUCUUUAUGUUCCUGUUCGGUGGACUCCUCAUGACCAUCUUCGGCAUGUUUGUGAGCCUGGUCUUCCUGGGUCAGGCCUUCACCAUCAUGCUGGUCUACGUGUGGAGUCGGAGGAACCCCAACGUCCGCAUGAACUUCUUCGGUCUCCUGAACUUCCAGGCCCCAUUCCUUCCCUGGGUUCUGAUGGGCUUCUCCCUCCUGCUGGGGAACUCCAUCAUCGUGGACCUUCUGG